AUGAACGACUCGUCCAAUAUUGAGAAGGUCCUCGAGAAAUGUCGCGUCGGGCGAAACGGGGAACCCAAGUUCUGGUGUGGCUUCUGUGUCGAGAUCUUCGAAAUCCCAGAGAAGGGCGUUAACGCCUGGGCCGAAAGAUUUGAUCAUAUUGACAACCACUACGCCGGACGUGGCGGCUUUACCAAGAAGGACCACUCUCAGUGGGUAGCUGUCGAUCCCGAGUUGCCAAACGUCGACCUCACCGGAUCUUCGGAUGACUUGAGCGAUGCAGACUCAGCUGAUGACAUUCUAAUCUCCGGCUCACGAAAGUCGACGACCAAUGGCAGGAGAAUCAAUCGUCAGUCAAGAAAGAGAGGCCUGGACGAUGGCGCCGAACAACAUGGCCAUAAGAGGAUGAAGACAUAUAUGUGGGAAUGCAUUCAGGAAGACAGGGACGCCAACAGCACCGGCGACAACUCGAAUCAGGUGUAG